UGCUUCGUCACGACGGCCGCGGACAAGCGGAUCGUGUUCAGCGAUGUGCAGAGCGGCGAGAUCCUGGAAGUCAUGGAAGGUGCCCACAAGGCAGCCGUCCUCGCGGUUGCGCAAGUAGGUGAGGAGGACGGUGUGCAUGGAGAGACCGCAUGUGGGCGGCUGAACGCCGUCCGAAGGCGCCUCCUCGCGAGUGCCGGCAUGGAUGGUAGUGUCGUUCUCUACGACUGCUUCAAUGGCAAACAUGUGCAGACACUUCGACACCAUAACAAGUUUGUCGUACGCGUCGCUUUCGAUGCCUCUGGUCGCUAUCUCGCUUCUGCUGGCUACGAUCGGCGUAUCAAUAUCUACCUCCGGGAGGAGGAGGAGGAUCCGAAAGAUCUCGCCGUCUCAUACGAGCUCGUGCACACGAUCGAAACAGCGAGCAACCCCGAAGCGAUACUAUUCGUCCAGAGCGGAGAAGUGACCGAUUCGCAGAAUAAUGCAGUGCAGCUGGACUUGCGCGAUUGGCUCGUAUACACCAUCCGUGGGGACUGCUUCCUGCACUACGUCGCAUUGCCUACCCAUCGGCAGGUUGAAAGCAGCAACGAGGAGAGGGUGAUUGCCGAUUGGGAGGAACUUCGAUACAACACGAAUCCGUCGCGGGAUGACUAUCAUGUCAGCUAUUCAUUGCUGGACCUCGCUCUCCACCCAUCUGGCAUGUACCUCUCCGCACAGACUGGCGACCACGCCUUCUCCUCUUCGCUCUCUCAGUCCGGCAUAACAUCCUCUUUUGCCGCAUCCCCAACCUCGCUCUCUCGGCUGCUCCUAAUGCCCGUCCACUCGGACGUGCGUGCGGCGACGCUCUGGACCGCCGCGCCGUACUCGCCUUACGUAUCGCCGCGGCACGCAUGGAUGCCUUCGGGGCGCGGAGCGUGCGUCAACGGUGAGGAUGGUAGCGUGCGUCUCGUGGAUCUGCAGGGCAAAGUCCGCGCCGUCAUCUAUGCGCAUGGGCAGCCAGCCAGCAGUGCCGGGGAUGGACUGCGCAGCUCCGUUGAAUGGUCGCGAGGCGGUAGAGGCAACACCAUCGUCAAGGAUGUCGUGGCGCUCGAUGAAUGCACCAUCGCAAGCUGUGGAUUCGACCGGACGGUUAGGGUCUGUACGCUCGCAUCCUGAAUCCCACGCCGAAGGUAUCUCCAGGUGGGGAGCAUCGAUCAUUCAAGCUGGACUUCCAGGAAGCUGCCAUGGAUGAGAUGGCCGGGCCGACUCUCCGCUGGGGAGCCUACCAGCUAC